UGAGCGGGCCGGAGGAGGCGCCAGCCAGUGGCGGUUGUUGUUGUUGUUGUGGCUCUGUGAGGUGAUCGCCCGCCUCCUGCCGCGGACCGUUACCGCUCGGCUGUUCGAAGGCCGGCGCGAGGGGUCGUCGUAGUCGCUGCCGCCCCGGGGGAAGGCGAUGAACGCCCGGAAUGUCAGCUCGUCCCGGGCCGUGCACGUCGAGCUGAGCUCCCAGCAGCGACGGCUUCGACAUCUGCGUAGUAUUGCAGCACGAAAUAUCAUUAACAAGAAUGGAUCCCAUCUUUUAGACACCUACUUUACUCUACACUUGUGUGAUGAUGCAAAGGUCUAUAAAGCUUUUUACACCAGUGAGGUCGUGAAGGAUUCUUUGAAUCCAACAUGGAGGAGUUUAGACUUUGGUUUGAUGCCAAACCGCCUUGAUACUUCUGUAUCAUGUUUCGUAGUCAGGAUUUGGGGUGGAAAGAAGGGGCAGUAUCAUCUUGUCAUUGAGUGGAAAGUUAAUCUUGAUGGACUCAAAUAUCUGGGACAGCAGAUUCGUGCACGUAAUCCCAAUGAGUUAAUAUUUGGAUUAAAUGAUGGCUACUAUGGAACGCCUUUUGAUCACAAGGACCUCACUGAAAAGAAGAGGACCAACCUUCUACAGGUGGACCAGAGUUCAGUAAGGAGCUCGUAUAGUGUCUUCUCCCUUCUCAGGCUUCAUACUGCUCAACGCGUAAUAAAACAGACUCAGGUAACUGUUCAGAAAGUAGGCAAGGAGAUCGAGGAGAAAUUGAUACUAACUGCAUCAACAGCAAAGUUGAAAAAGGAACGGGAGCGUUUACAGCUGAAGAUUCUAGUACUACAGAAUGAAUUACAAAGACAGGAGAAGGCACUUGGACGAGAACUGGAAGUGUUGCAGAAAGAAAGGAUUGCAUUCCAGGACCAAGAGAAAGUAUUCUCGAGUAAACGCCAUUGCUUACAAGUGGAGGAUUCGUCUCUCAAUGAAGAAAAGAAAGGGUGCAUUGCUAAAAGAGAGCACUUCCUGAAGACUAAUGCUCAACUGAACAUUCGGUGUCGGCAACUGUUGUCGGAACUGUCUUAUAUUUACCCGAUUGAAGUGAAUGAUCAGAAGGAUUAUUUUAUGUGUGGAGUCAAAUUACCAAAUUCAGAAGACUUUCAAGCUAAGGAUGAAGGAAGCAUUGCUGUUGCCUUGGGUUACACAGCCCAUCUGGUGCUCAUGAUUUCCUGUUUCCUGCAAGUGCCACUCAGGUAUCCUAUCAUCCAGAAGGGAUCCCGGUCCACAAUUAGGGACAACAUCACCGACAAGCUUUCUGAGAAGGAGAGAGAGUUCCCUCUGUAUCCAAGAGGAGGAGAAAGGUUUCAGUUUGAAUAUGGAGUUUAUUUACUGAACAAAAACAUUGCACAGCUAAGGUACCAGCAUGGCCUAUCCACACCAGAUCUCCGACAGACGUUACCUAACCUGAAAAACUUCAUGGAACAAGGGCUAAUGGUGAGGUGUGAUCGACCUCUAUCCAGUGCCAUUCCUGUACCUCGAAGACACACGACCAGCAUAUCUGCAGGAUCAGAUACUGCUUUCCACAAUAGAGAGGCAGCUUCUCCAGAAAGGGCAUGGAGGCAGUCACAUGGGAACUCUGAACAAGAUCAGCCCCCGAGCUACAAUACAGCAAUAACUCAUGCUGUAACCCUCGAGGCACAACCACAAGAUGAUAGCAAAGUGCAUACCUCUUCAGCAUUGGAAGUUUCAGAUGAUUCCUUCAAAGGUGGAGACCAGGCUGUGUAUAAUGUCUUGAAGAAUGGAAUGCAUAGCAAUGAAAAUGGCAUGGUUUAUGAAAGGGCCCAGACACAAGAGGUUAUCACUGAGCAAUCAUCUGAGGUGAAUGGAACAACUUUGCUCAGUGUGCACGCAGACAGCACCAGUAAUCUGCCAUCAGGUGACUUAAACCAUUCUACGGGUGGCAGCGUCUUCUGCUCUGUUGAGCGGGCUGAGGAGAUCAUCGGCAUGGAAGCUACUGGCUUCAGUUCAGAUGAGCAGCUGGAAGGAUUCUGCAUUCCUGUGGAUCACGCCGUGGCAGUAGAGAGUGAUGACCAAGUUCUGGCUGAGCUCGACGCUGAAGGAUUCGAGGAGUUCUCCAGAAGGAUCUGUGCACUGAACGAGAAUGUCUCAAGCUUCCGACGGCAUCGUAAGGGCUCUGAGAAAUGAUACAGUGUCCAUGGAUGCUGAGGCAGAACAGAGACAUGAACUGGAGUGGAAGAGCAAAUUGCACUUCUUUUUGAGAUGAUUUGUAACAAUGAAAUUAUCAGCAUUGUUGCUAUUCUCAUGGUGAGAUGGGGAGAAAGCAGAUGAGGAUCGAAAUCUGAAGCAGUGCAACUGUUGGGGUCCCAGAUAGACAUCCAUUCACGUAAGAGAUGAGGUGGGGCAAAUGUACCUAGAUCAUGGCUUAGUGGAUUGACUUCAUGCCAUCCAUGACUGCAUGUUUGCAUCACCCUCUCAUGAUACUCCUCCAGACCUGCAAGCUAGCACCCUUCCCAACCAAAUGGAAUCUGUUCUUUCCUGAUAACUGCAGAACUUGAUUUCUGCUUGGAGGGGUGGAGAACAGGGACUGAGAGUUUGUCACCUCCCAUGUUUGCCAAACAGAAUAUGUGCAAUGACAUUACAGGACAGAGUGGUUUUGAAAUGAUGUGAAAUUUCCGAAUCCUUCACUUUUCUCCUUUACAUUGGGAACUUACCAUACGCUUUAGAUAAGUGUGAUCAAGUUGCAUUCCCAAAAUUGGUUCAAUGUAAUAGGGGAUGUAAAAAAUGCUGGAAGUGCCGCAAAUCUGCAACUUGGCAGAAGUCAUUUUGCUGAGAGUGACAGUGUCCUCACUGAGCAUCUGAAAAUAUCAAGUGCAUAUGGUUGAAUUUAAGUUGCCAUAUACUACCUAUUUUUGCAAUUGUUUUGAUAAUACAUUGUGCAGGCUCAGGUACAGUUUAGCUGUCGGUUUUAGUCUGAACUUCUACCCUUUACAGCCUUGUCUGCCUACAAAUUAAAUCAGGGAAAAUACUCUGAACUGAUCAUUUAGAAUCUACAAGUGAGUGAUGGUUAGUUAUUCACUAACUUUGAGCUCUUCACCAUUUCCCUCAGUUCUUCACUUACAAAACAAAAGCUUCAAUUUACUCUGAAUUGAAUCUCUGGAAUAUUGUUUAAUAGACCCAGUAUUUGUAUAGUGUGGGCACUUACAUUCUGGUGCACCAGCUAUAGGAAAUUAUUCCUCUGCUUUUCUAGCUUACCUGUGUCUCUACCUAUUGUCCAGAUGGCCCUGAGUUCAGCGUUGCUUCCAACCUGUGUUGGACCUCGUCAAAGAAUACCAGUAUAGAUGAAAAAAGCAAUUACUAUUUUUCUGGCACUGUUAAAAUUAUUGAAGUUAUAAUUAAUUAUAAAAGAUAUUUAUGUAGCCCAGUUGGAUUUGAUCUGCACUGAAUGCAGUAGCAGCUGGGAUUAAAUUGCACUGGAGUAAGCUUGCUAAGAUAGCAAAGACAUUUUUCAUUUAAAAUUAAUAGCUCCCAUUACUUCAUACAAAGAAUACAAUCAAUCUGAGUUGUUUUUUUCUCUCUCUCCCUCCCUCCCCCUUGCUUGAAGAACAAAGCUCAAAUAUAAGUUACUGAAAACCCAGAGGAUAAGUGAACAAAACAUUUGGCGACCAAAGCAUUGACCCAUUACAGAGAAUUAAACAAAUAAUUACAUUUGAGUAUUAACUCGUUGUGCAAUCUUUGAACUGGAAUCUCUUUGCCUAGCUCAUUUCCCACUGAUUUAUUUUUAGUGGUAAUGCUCAUGUUAUUGCCCAGAUUGUAACGUAUGCAGCAGUUUCCCUCUCCAGCCACUGUCUUUGGGAGUCUACUUCUUGCGGUAACUUGCCCUUUGCACGAGUUGGGAAAUGAACUGUGAAUCUGUGUUUCUUGUUCUUGAGGGAGCUGGGUUGUCUAGCCUCCUUGCAGAAUGUCAGAAGACCACGUUAAACUUAAACGACCUGAUUCUCCUGGAGGGUGAAAACAUUCUUUCUACUCCCCUCUACCCGAACCCCUCUCGACAAAGAUCCAUAGCCGAGUAAGGGAAAUGCUGCGUACGGACCCUGUGAUCGUAGGUGCAGCAUUGCAAAGAAUGGCCAUUCAGCAGAGCAUUGAUUGAAAAUUUGUCAGAAAGGCAGGUAAACACUGCAUUAAAAAUUUUGCCAUGUUGAGUUUGUUUAUUUCAGUUUCAUUAGUACUAAUGUUGUAUUGCUUCACAGUGGUGGUGCGGUUCUAAUUUAAAUGUGCAUAACUCUGGUCUGGUUGUUGGCUGAGCAGAUUGGAGCUCAGGGUUUCCCUAGAAAUAAUUUAUAAUAAAAUGCUGCAUGAUGCACACAGCUCCAACCUGAUAACAUGAGCAAAUCAAUUGGGAAAGGUUAAAAUUGUAACUGUCUCAAUGUUUUCAUUCUAUAACUUGAUGAGGCAGUGAAGUAUGGUGCUGAUGUGUCCCUUGUCUUGGCAAACACCAUGACUCUUGAUUCCUCGGUCUUGGAUACAUGAGGUCUCCUGAUCACAGUAAUUUUUCAGAGAAUUUAUAUCAAUAAGAAACUGAAUCUUUAUCUUGGUAGUUGCAUUUCCAUCACCAGAGCCAUUUAUUCAGUCUCAUGAUUCUAAAUGGUUUUCUUAAUAGCCAACCAUUACAAAAUUGUUUUUGUUUUAACCAAGGCUGGAUCUCAGAGUGAGCUCUUCACUGGCCUCAUGUGAGAUGCCAGUGCUGUUGUGUAAACACAUUUUGUUCUCAUAUCUCGAAAGCCAAACCAGUCACUUUAAUGUAUGCUGAUUGAUUCAUUGACACUUUGAGUUGUCUAUCGGUGACUAGAGUAACCGGUAACUUAUGCUGACAAUAUCCCUUGGGAAAGCUGGUUCUCAAAUUGGUGUUCAGUCCCAGUCCAGACUUUCAGCACCAGGGACAAUGUUUGAGCUUGGCUUUACACCUUCGCAAAAAAGUGUACAGACCCCUCCAUGCUUUAACCAGCUGAAUACAAUCCAUAUUUAUUUUGCAUAUACUUGAGAUUCAAGAACCUACCUGCAGAAGCUUUUUUGCCCCAAAUUAAGAUACCCCUUCCAUCUCAUAAAGUAAUACUUGGAUAUAAAGUGAAUGUAACCCAUACCAUAUUCAUUUGGUGGCUGUCUUAACUGUAGGAUAAAUUAAGCAGCAAGCACAUCGUUAGGAUGGAGUCAUUUUCUCAACAAUUGAAAUUAAAGCCUGUAAUCUAGAUUCUGCUAUUCUCUGUAUCAUUCAGUUUUGUCAGUAGUUGGCCCUAAUACAGGGGCUUGCUGCCAUUGUUGGCUUUAUUAGAGGGAAAGUGGUGCAUUUAUUUAUGCUGUAAGCAUUAAUGGCACUGUAAGCAUUACAAACUUGCAUUUUGUUGAGGAUUUCUGAUGUCCUUGGUAACAUUCUCAGGUUCCGUGUUUUGCCUCAUUCAACGUCGCAUCCUAUACUCCCCUGUAACCUACUCCAGAACAGUGGUUCCCUUGAUAUCCAAUUGCCCAAGUCCAAAAAGAGCACUGUAACUUACCCCUUUCUCCUCACUGGCAUUAGAAUUAGAAGUUAUAACAUCAUUCCUUCCUUUCAGUAGACUACAUGGAGACUGAGAGUUUUCAAUAGAAGUUAUGAUUACAAUCAAAUUAAUAAAUGAAAGGUGAGUGAUUGUGAUCUUAAGCUGUGUUUUCUUCAUCCAUCGCUUCUCAAACGGUAUUGAAAUAACAAGAGGAUAUGAAAUGUCACAUCUAGAACCAGCUGGUGUCUUGCUUUUGCCUAUGCGUUCUUCUCAUUACUGCUGUAGUUUUCUGAGAGUCACCUGUAUACUUCAGCAGAUCUUUUCCCUUUAUAUCUAUUCCAACAGUUAAAGGUGCCAUUCAUUAGGAUCUUAACUAUGAGGAAGCUAUCAUUAAAUAAUGAGGGUCUGAUUUCAUUGAUAUGAAAGUGUUAUUUUUGAUUGGUUCUGAACUUCAAGUGGCCUAAAGUCUUUCUGUACUUAAUGGUGCCUUAACCCUCCCAAUUUACAUAGCAGAAAGACUAGGCUGAAAGAUUCAAUUUGGCACUGAAGAUUAAUUACAUUAAUCUUCUCUUCUCCUCUCUAAAUAUGACAUGUCUUAUCCCUAUCAAUAUAAUCUGCUCCAUGGUGCAUCUAUUUCAGCUCAUGCCAGUGCACAUCUAAACUACCCAUGACCUAUUGAAGAGCAAGCAACAGUCACCUUCACUCCUGAGCUUUCAUCUUAUUCAUGGUACUACGUCUUUCAAAGUAUAAACUUUCUUGCCACCAAAGACAGGAGGAGGUCAAGAAGAGCAAUGUUAGGUAACUGUGGAAAAGGUGUGUUGGUGAAUCAACUUGAAUUGCGUACAUAUUCUUCUCAAAUUUGAGGGCAUGCUAUAUAUGCUAGUGAUGAAGAGUGUGCUGCAUAAUUGUUGGAUUUAUAUAACAUUGAAUGUUGCAAGGUUUCAAAUCUGUGCUGAUUCCAAAAUCUGACCUAUGAAAUGUUUUCCUUAAUUGGCUUCCAGCUGCAGUGAUUCUAGUUGAAGGUUUCUGACCUGUACAAAGCCUGUUCUGGAUUCCCCUAGCCGAUCCAACUUGGGUUUUGCACACUAUCUUCAUCUCAGAUUGGUUGUACUUUGGAGAGAUUUCAUCAGAUGCCCUCGAACUGCACAGCCCACGCACCGCUGUCACCCAACGAAUCAGACCACUCAAAACACUGCCUUUUCACAACUAAUGAAAAGCAAGCAAAAUUUUGGGACUUACAGACCGCUAGUUCAUAAAGAUCCUCUUCCCAUGUCCCAUUUCGAGUAUUUUCACGUAUAAAAUGCAAACAUGUUCAAAGUAAUGAUUAAAAUGUACAAUUUAUUUCAUAUAUCUGUGUCAACUUGCAGCACUGUCCUGAAAAUUAGCCUUCAGUUCCAACCAGCCAUCCUUGUCUUGCACAAAAUGAAUGCAUCUGUUUUGAUGUCUCACUCUGACAGACUGAUUGUUAACUUUCAAGUCCAUUAUCAUUGAGUUUCCUUUAUGCACAUAUUUCACUUAAAGUGACUUGAUGUUCUCUCUCUCUGCCGUUGUCUUGCCACAGUCCCCUCAUAUGAGCAAACCCAACAACAGAUAGCUAAUGGUUUGGCCAAGUUCUUGCUACCCCACUUACAAGCAGCCAUUGAGGCAACAUAACCAGUUCCAGACCUCCCUGCCCUUAAUCUGGGAACCAUGCUACCAAAGCUGUCCUCCUCUUGCUGCACAACAUAAAAGCUUAUGAAUAUAUGCUCAAGUCAUGUCUGCAGCCAUUAUCUCAACUUCAAACUGAGGCUCGUUUAGGGGUAGACUUCAUCCAGGUCACUUUGUACCAGACCGAACAAGGAAGGGGUAAGAAACUGAACACCAUCAACUCAACUGGACACAGAAUGGGAGGUGGGAACCACAAAGAUUGAUUGUUUUGGGUCAUCCACACAGGAGAGAACACAAAAUCACUUGCUUGUUUCUGUGAUGAGCAGGAAAAAGCAUUGCUGAGCCCUCAGUGUGGGAUCCUAUUUUGAAAUGGUGUGACACAACUGUUUGACAUUGGGGGGGGAAUCUUGAAACACUGGAUGGAGUUGCCCCACUGUCAUGAACUGAUAAAUGCACCCUUUGUAAUGAUGAUUAAAUUGCAAUUGUCUGCGAAUCUGGUGCCUGGGUGAAGCAGAAGGAAAAGACAACGUAAUGAUGUACAGGAGUAAGUACCAUUUCAUUGCACGGGCAUUAUUCGCCAAGAUCAUGGCUGAACCAUUUGUACUAUGUGCUCCCUUAUCCUGGCACCCCCACCCACCCUUUCCACACAUUUCCUUUGUAUCUUUUCCUUGUUUAUAUUUAUUAAAGAAAAAAUACAGCAGUUUAUUUAAUUACUUACUCCAAAUGCAAAAAGGAAAUGGCUGUAAUCAUUUGCAAAACGUAUUUGCAUACUUGCUAAUGAUUCAAGUGACAAUGAAAAUGAUUCUG